UAAAAUAGUCUAUAGCAUUUCAUGUAUUUGUCUUCGUGUCCCUGUGCACUGUUAUUUUUUUAUACCUACGUACUUAGUAAUUUUACUUCGAUAGGAUAUUUGUGUGCUAUAUACACUAGUACAUGACACAUGUAAAACUUAUUGAUUUUGAUGAAAUUUUAAUUAGUCACUUUGCUCUCCUCUAUAGUUACAAUGUAUUUAAGCACGUAUUCAAGUUCAUACGUGUUUUAAAGUUUUUACGUGCUUGAUGUGUACUGAGACGAAGGCGCAAAUGUAAGGAUCUCCAAAAUGAUAGAGUGUGGCAUUGUUCAUUGUUCAUCGUGGUAUUUCUGAAUACCCUUCAUUUUGAUUAUUUCGAAAGAAAAUGAGUCUUUAAUUCCGUAUAAGCAGUAAAGUGUAUCAUCACGGGAAAAUGGAUCCUCCAAUUUAUUUACAAUACACUCCUCCAAAUGCUCUGCCGCAAGAGUCGAAGCUCGUCACUUACAUGAAUCGAAAUACAUCUACGCCAACAAGAGCAUUGAAUCAGGCACUUGGUAAAUUAAGUCUUGAACCUUCGCCUCCUGUUGUCAGGAAAGUCUUUAUUGGAGAAUUUGUGCCCGUGAGUUAUUAUACUCCCGUAGCCAUCCUGCCAGAGUCACCAGAGAGCUCCCCGCCAACAGCACUUUCCUCUUUGGCUGGUGCUUCACAAGUCCAUCAGGAAAAUGUUGGUGGCACUACCUACUUCUAUUCAACAAAUGAUAGUCUUAACUCAUCUGGUGGACUAAAUUCAUCUACAUCAAUGGGGGGAUCAGAAUGCAUGGGAGUGCCAUCAGUUGCAUAUCCACCACAAAUGUAUCCAAGUACACCUCAACACAUGGGGCCGAUGUCAUCCAAACAGGGGCCAUUCUUCGCUGACGAUCCCCGCCUAUGGCAAUCGCAUUGUGCGGGGAUCGAUUCUGGAACAUACUACGCUCCUUGGAGCAACUUAACAUCUCCAGGCUUGGGACCGAUGUUUUACAUGCCCGAUACGAUCCGAUCCGAGAUGUACCAAAGGAACGAGGAUCUCUACUUGCAGCCGGAUAAUCGUCAAUAUCCAGAUUUGCCCGAAAACUUGGAGGUUUACUCGGAGUUGAUACCCCUCGAAGGGUUGACACCCCACUCUAUAGCAACCUCCUUCCGUGCGACCCAUCGACAAAAUGGCGACCACUAUGCUCUGCGUCGCUUGCAUUCGUACGGAACGGUGCCGUCGAAGAGAUUCGAGUCGUGGAAACAAAUCGAUCAUCCAAAUAUCAUUCGUCUUAACGAAUGCUUCACUACUAAAGCAUUUGGUGAUCAUUCUAUGAUGUUGGUGUACGACUAUCACCCAGCGGCUGUGACACUGAUGAACAAGUACCUCGCUGGUGGGAACAACGGUAACGCAGCGGACGCGAAUGGCUCGUACCACGACCCGUUCUCGUCGGAUCCAGAUGCUCCUCGCCCGUAUACUCACCAGAAAAACGCCAUGCUGCGUGCCGUCGCUUGCGGCGCGCUGCUCCCGGAGGCGGUGCUGUGGAGCAUUCUCGUGCAACUGACCGCCGGCCUGCGGGCCAUACACGCGGCUGGACUGGCUUGCAGAACCCUGGAUCCGACUAAAGUCGUAAUGACUGGGUGCCGCAUUCGUAUCGCUUGGUGCGGCGUGGCCGACGCACUGCACGCCAACGAGAUUGAUAUAAACCAAGCUCAACAAGAUGACCUAACCGCCCUAGGCAGACUGGCCCUGUCUCUCGCCUGUCGUACCAUACACUGCGACAACUUGGCCGCCUCCAUGGAGCUAGUGACCAGAUCCUAUUCGCCGGAUCUCAAAAAUCUGAUUUUUUACCUGCUGUCGGGUCAACGGCGCUCCGUCACAGAUCUCAUGCCAAUGAUUGGGGCCAGAUUCUAUACACAGGUGGAAGCAUUGGAGAGACGUGCUGAUGUAUUCGAGAAUCAGCUCGCUAGGGAGCUGGACAAUGGCCGCUUGCUGCGUAUUAUGCUCAAGUUGUCCUUCAUUAAUGAGCGUCCUGAAUUGAACAUGGACACGAAGUGGUCGGAGACAGGGGACAGAUACUUGCUGAAACUGUUCCGCGACUACCUGUUCCACUCGGUGACGCAGGACGGCCGGCCGUGGCUCGACCAGGCGCACGUGUCGCAUUGCCUCAACCAGCUCGAUGGCGGUAGUAAUAAUAAGGUGGAGCUAAUGACACGUGACGAGCAAAGCGUGCUCCUGGUGACGUUCGCUGAACUCAAGCACUGCCUCGAGCAGGCUUUCGAGGAGCUCACGCAGGCAUCCGCACCUAGCCCCUAGCCUUACGUUUACUAUCCGUGUUAUGUGUGCCAGCAGCUCAGUAGUGGCAUGAUGCACUACGACUAUGGCUACUAGGCUGACAAUACACGUGAGAAAAAUGGUUUUUUUUCUACACUGAAUAGCAAGGGGAAUAGCGGAUAUGGGAUGUUAUGUGUUUCUAUCUGGUUGUAGGUUUUAUGGAUGGAAAUGUGGGACAGUUCAUGGAAUUAUUAAAUUAUUCUUGAUAAUCUCUGAUUUACCUUGAUAAAUUUAGGAACUAUUUAAUAUUGUCGAUAAAUUAAUAUGUUAUUUUGUCACAAAUUUGUUUUGUCAUGUCUGAAAAAAAGUACAACAUACACAACAUUUAUUAAGUAAAGUUGUGGAAAUUACUUGCUUGGAGUGUAAGUUAAAAUCGAAUUAGAAUUGUAUAACUUUCCCAUAUCCGCUAUGGUUUUAACACGGACAAACAAAUUAUUAAAAUGACAGCUAUUAAGAAUGUCUGUUACAAUUGUGUAUCUGUGGUACUGCGCUUACAGAAAAUAAAAGACUAUUGUCUAUUAUUCUGUUAGACUAAAUCGUUGGAGACGGGAUUUAUGUAUUUGAAUUAUUCAAUAUAAUUUAGGUCAAGGUAUGAGGAUAACUGUGACAGGAAAAUGUCAUUGAAAAUUUGAAAUGAAAACCAAUUGUAUUUUGGCAUUAAUAUGCACAAUUGCUUGCAGAAAAGUUCCCUUUUUAGCUGCCAUUUUCUUAUCCACAAUACCUAAUACAGACAUCAUGUGUCCAAAUUUAUUCAUACAAAAUAAACCCUAGUGGUUUUAUGUCUAAUACAAUCUUUAUGAAUUUGGAUCUCUGAAUUUGAUAAACACCCUAUUAUUAUUCACUCAACACUGUUAAUACUUAAUUAUAGUAUUAUAUAAUUAAAUUCAGAGACUCACCAUACGAUCUAACUUAUAUUGAGAUUUAUUUAAAAAAAUGCUUGUAUACGAAAAUACGAUCAAAAGUAUAAUACUCCCAAUAUAAGUUAUUUUAUAUUGAUUACCCAAAAUGUGACUGUUAUUCACCGGAUCUUCACGUGUAUUGGACGGCCUACGCUAUACAUUAAAAUUAGCGAUGAAUAUUUAAUAAUAAAUAUUCCUUUUAUAAGCACAAAAUUCCGCAAGUUUGCAUUGCCUUUUUGAGGUUUUGAAAUCUUUAUAGUUGUUUGGCAUAACUUAUUUCUUUAAAGGAAAUCGAUUAUAUUUUUACCGACAGUUACUAAUAUCGUAGUAAUCAUGAGACUUACAUAUAUACGUUGAUAUAAGAAUAUAUCAACAAAAUCAAACAAUAAAUUAAAUUUAAUUUAUAAUAAUUCACAAUGGAUAAACUAUUUAUUUUAAUAUUAUAAAAAUAUACACAUACCUUGCGUAGGGUGGUUCAUUGAACAAAAUAAAAGUACAGACAUCACUUCAUCGAACAAUUGAAGUUACUCGAUCUCAUUUAGGAUGUGUCAAACCGCAGACGAAAAUAUAAAGUUUGUGAAUGAAAUAACAUGUUAAUAUGGGUUUCUGUGUGUAUCUACAGCCGCCUGAACAAAUGCCACAAACAUUCCAUUUCCAUAUUAACAACACAGCGUUGACAGAAACGGUCAAUAAUAUAGCUGUGUGUAAUGUGUAUUUGUAUGAAAUAGUAUUAAAUGUUAAAGUAUGUAGAGAACGGGUUUCAUAUUUGCUAUAUGUGUUGUGGUCUAUACAUUAAAUGAACAAUUUAUAUUAUGUGUCCAAUAUGAUAACCAUAGAACUAAAUGUAGCCAACGAGAAGCGAUGUUUGGGAAAGAUAGUAAGGUACUUGAGUUGAGACACCAUGAUAUAACCUGGAACAAAUUUGAAAUUGAGGCAAAUAACUAUGUUGCCAAAAGUCAAAACUGUUCUUGAGAUAGGUUUGAUUUGAUCUAUAAAAAGCAGAAAAUGUACUUGAAUAUUCCAGAUAGGGACUUUCUUAUAAACAUCUGGUCAACUAUUUCCUGCUUAUGAGCUAAUGGCAUUUGUUGAGAAGUGGUUUUUGAACCGAUGAGAAGGAAAUAUAGGAAAAAUAAAUAAAUUAAAAUCAGGAAAUCAUGAAUAAUGGAUUUUUUUUUAAUUCCUUUGUAAACCGAUAGUGUAAAGUAAUUUGGGGUCUAAUUGAUGGCGGUGGUAAAGCAGGUUGUAAUGAGAUGGUAAAGAUUUUGUAAUGAGAUGUGAUUGAUUAUUAUAUGGGUAAAGUUUUAAUUCGCUUUUCGUUGGAUGACUCUUGUAGUCUUUAUGUAUAUGUAAUAGAAACUCGGUGUUAAUCAAUAUUUAGUAAUAUGUAUUUAGAUCUGAAUUAAUCAACUUACAUCCUAUACCCAUAUUAUUAGAUCCUUAUCUAUUGGAAAAAUUAGUUUAGACUACCAUGAAAUAUUAUUUAUUUCAUGAAUUGUUUAUCUAUGAAUACACUAUGUAACAGUAAGUAUUACCAAAAUUUUAAAUAGUUAUUGUAUUUUGAUGAUUAUUUAUCCUUUACAUAUUAUAGUAUCAUAAGAUUUAAUACCAUAAAAUGUUUAUUGGUAUAAUAUGGAGUAUAUGUGAACAAUUACUCAACCGUGCGUAUAAUAAUAACAAUUCGCGAACUCCUACAGGCCCUUGGGCCUAAUUGAUACACUGAUGAUUUAUUGGGGGUUCAUAGAUACAAACAUGCAGAUUCCAUAAAUAUAACAAACAUGACCCUGUGAAAUCAGAAAAGGAAUAUUUACAAAUUAUGAUUUCUGUAACAGCAAUUAACAGUUAGGCCCAGUUUGGCCAUUCUCUUUUGUGGUUAGGUUAAACAGGCAAAUAUCGAAAAAUCAUACCAUAGCUGUAACAAGAAUACAUUUAGAUGUAUUAUUAGGAUAUUAAGUACCAUAUUAAGUGCAUAUUACAAUUCAAUUCAUGUCUCAUUGUAUUAUCUUUACUUUUCUAAUCGUAAUGUAGUGUUUAAAAUUAUUUAUUAAUAUUAAAUUAUACGUAUUUACCACAGAAUAAUAAUCAAAUAUAAUAAUAAUAAUAUAAAUCGUAAUAGUGAAUGUACUCAGAAACUACAUACCUUACAUAAAUGUUGUUUCUUCAUAUAAAAUUAUUGAAUCACAAACUAUUAGAAACUAUUUGUGUAAUAUUACCCUUUUGGAGACAAAUUUUUAUUUUAUUUAAAUUUUAAAUGACUGAUUUUUAGUUUAAGCAAAUUCCGAUCUAUAUAUAUUUUAAUGUUAAAACCUUACUCGGCAACAAACGAAACGAAAUAUUUUGAGAUGUGUAAUUAUAAGUGUAUAUUUCUUUUUUCUAAUAAAUAAAGUUUAAAAUCAA